CGCUCCAAACACCCCGUAUUCUAGGGAAGCUAACGAGCUAGCCGGGUAAAAGUGUUUUUAAAAGUGUUUAGGAACAGAUGUUACUUUAAGAAUAAUGGACAGAGAAUUGAGCGAAGAGGAGCUCCAGGAUCUGUUCGCAUGGAUAGACAAAAUACCUCUGUCUCGGCCCAAAAGAAACAUCACAAGAGACUUCAGCGACGGAGUGAUGGCUGCUGAGGUUGUAAAACAUUUCUUCCCAAAGCUUGUUGAUCUGCACAGCUAUAUUCCCGCAAACUCCACACAGCAGAAGUUCAGUAAUUGGAGCCUCCUCAACAGGAAGGUCUUUUCCAAGCUGGACUUCCGUGUGCCCGAGGAGACACUGAAGAAGAUUGUACUGAGCACUUCAGGAGCGAUAGUGCCUGUUCUGAAUGCCCUUAGAGAGAAGAUACACAAGAAACUGGAGCGCAGCACAGAAAACAUACUGGAUCUGGGAUAUUAUGAUGCCAGACGCCCAGAGAAGCCUCAUGCAGAAACCAUUCAGACCGAGGCAAGACUUCUGGCAGAGACGGCAGAGGUGAAAAAAGAUGAAAAAAACAAACAGAAAAACAGUAAACUGCAUCAGGCAGUGAAGACUUACUCAGACAUGGACCCCACAUUUAGAAUAAUCCUGCAGGAAAAGGAACAAGCUAUCAUGGCUUUGCAGGAGACGGUGGAGAUCCUGCAGAUGAAAGUGAACAGGCUGGAGCAUCUGGUUCACUUGAAGGACAUGCGCAUCGAAGACCUGACGAGGCAUCUGGAGACGUACAAAGCAAAAGGCAACGCACGCUGAUGCAAACACGUACACCGACUAUAUGUAACACAUAAAUUCUGGGGUAUAAACUUGCAACAUCAUUGCCAAUAAACCCUCACUUUGUCUGGGAAAAUGAUGAGGGGAAAAUGAUGAUAUAAAAGACCUGAGGAUAUUUCUAUAAUGAAUUUCACAUAUUGAAUGAUGUACGAUGUACAGUAGCGGUGGGCUGUUAAAAUCAGUCACGUCAUUCACAACAGAGAAGGACGGCAUCCUUUUAAGUCUUAUCUUUGGAUAGUGUGACUUGUUGAAUAUGAAUAGUGUAUGUAAUAGCAUGUGUUUUUCAUCUAUUUAUGUAUCUGCAGUUUUCUUUACUGACUGUCAAGCCCUCAGUAAAGCAGCUGAUCACUUUGAUGUUCCAAAUUGUCUCACUGAAAAAGGACACAGUCUAGCGCAUAAGCGGGGGAGAGAUCGGAAGCUUCACCAUAAACCGACUUAUGCAAACACAAUUAUGCAGCGUUAGGUUUACUCGCUGCAAAUGUCAUUUCCUACCAUGUCUAAAAUUGCAUCAGUCGUUUCUAUUAAAAUUCUGAAGCAAGCGUGAAAACUGGUCAGAGAUAGGAUGUGAUCAUUACUUCCUUCACUCUUUCCAGCAUUGGGUUUCAGAGUAAAUGUGACGAUAAAGUUGACCGAUGACCAAAUAUAGCCAAGUGCUUCUCAAAAGA